AUGUUUAAAACACCCCCACUUAAUAAGACUACAGUAUUGACGGAUAACUCCGUAAAACAAACCGAAGAAAUAGAACCAUCAGCGGGGAGAGCGCAGGAAGGGAUAUCCCAAGUAAGAAAAAGUGUCGGUGAGCUUGAGUCGCGACUUAGUGCAGCUCCUAAAACAAGGACAAACACGCAACCGGCCAAACGAAAAUCUCAAAACAAACUAUCCCCUGCAGCUUGCAGUGUAGAAAACCAAGCUGACCCAGAAACGACUACCUAUGCAAAUAGGGCACAAGAAGCGAAAGCGUAUCUGGUUAAAAUAAAACUUUUAUUAAAUAGCUCACGAAAUCUAAAGACGGAAUUAAAGGACAAAAUUAUAGAAGCUGUUGACAAAUUAUAUAGGUUGGCGAAAGAAGUGGGAGAAGGAAAGGAAAUCACAUUAGUAAAAGAAUCUAGCACUGCUGAGAAAAUGAUCGAGGUAGAACACAAGCUAAUAAAGAAAUUAGAAGAACACAGUAAGCUCCUCACUGAGUAUAAAAUAGAAACUCAACGGUUUAGUGAAGAGAUGCAGGCAAAUGAACUGGAAGAUUACAUAAUUUCAGUUACAUCGGCAAUUCAAAGAACAUGUGAUGAGCUGCUCCCAAGGUCAACUGGUCGAAAAUACCGCUGCCCUUGGUGGACAGACGAACUUGAAAGUCUCAAAAAACAAGUAAUACGCAACCAUCAUAACAUACAAAAACUUCGCCGACAAAAUAAACCACUUAAGGACGCCCUUUUGGAAAAAGAACGCUUAAAAACUGCUUAUUCAAAAACCUUUAGAGAAACUUCCACGCAAAAUUUCAGAGACUUUUGUGAAAGGCAAGGGAAGGAGGAUGUGUGGUCCGUUACAAAUAGAAUAAUCAAAUCAAACCCACCUCCGCUGCCACCAGCCACACUAAAGAAUGCGAUGGUACAUACACCAACUCUAGCCUCGAAACCGCCCAAGCUCUUCUUAAUAAGUUUUUUCCCGAUGAUGACAUAA